UCCGUACAUUUCGUUCCGUCCCGUUUAUAUGCUGCCAACAAAAUUUAGUACUUUUACCCCAUUACUCUAUACUUUGUUUGCAAUUUGAUUGCAAAAAGUUUAACAAUAUGUGACGCGUGUGAUUGCAAAGAUUCCUGUGCGUUGUGCCAUGAUGUGAUCAUUGUUUUAUGCCCAAUAGUUUACUCUAAACGAUUUACAACCUGCAAAACGUGUCUUUAAUAAAGGCAACUCGUGGUUUGUUUGAAGCUAAUUGUUUAUUCUCACCAGAACAACAAGGCUAACCGGCAAAGGCCUGAAAUCGUUAUUUCUGAGGCAUAUUCCGUGGCAUCAAAUCUUCGCCAAUAACCAUUCGAAGGAAAGAGAGAAAACGGUCGAUGGUAUUCAACAUCACGGUUACAUAAAAAGUGUCUCCAGGGUAAGCGCAUUCGAAUGGGUGCAUUUUCCCACUGAAGUGACAUUGUUCGAUGUGAGUGGUUUUUUUUACCUCGCUCGUCGUCACGGUUUUGGCCAUGUGUUCUCGAAACAAAGCUGUGCCUGUUUAUUAGGUGUACCAUUUCAGUUUCAGCCACGCGUGUGUCUUCUUAUCGCACAUUUUCGGUGCCUCGCUGCAGCAAGCCGUGCGUUGGAGAAGAAAAGAAGCACGUUGAAAUAUGAGACAGUAGUGUGCGUGUGUUUACUGUCUGUUUUGGUGUGUGCGUGUGUUUCGUUGUAUGUGCUGUAUUGUGUUCGGUUAGAAUUGUGCCGCUUCAAGUGCGUGCGUGUGGUGCAUCCAAGAACGGGCAAACAAAACACAUGACGAGUGUCAUCCGUUCCACUUGAAUUGUGAAGUGCCUUCCAUCAUUGAGUAUCAGUUGCAGUUGACCAUCACGUCUCGAACGAGCCAAAGAAAGCUGCUACAUCUAUCCAGACGCUUCCCUGCUAUAGGCACCUACAAACGAAGCAGGCCUUUCCCGUCAGCAGCUAUAGUGGUGUAGUUUGUUUACGUUCGACGUGUGUGCAAGCCGUGUUUACCGCAUCAACGACGAUUUGACAAUCCGUUGUUGCAGUUGGAGGUGUUAGCGGAGGAAACUAGAGAAUGCGCCUACCAAACGAACCAAAACCAGCGGACUUUGCCCGUGGAAGCAGUCUCUUCGGGAGCCUUCGAUCACGUUUAUCGGACGCCAUGAGUGGAUCGGCCAGUUUGAGAGCAUCUGCACCAGCAACGGGAUCAGGAGUAGCUGGACAAGACACGAUCGAUGCUAAUGGUGACGCCGUGGUUGAACAGCAGGCCACUAUCGAGGUACAGCCGGUGAUGAUCCGGAAGACACCCAAAUUUCCGUCCCGUGAGCGUCAUCUAGCGAUCAGGCGUAAAAACCGCGUGCCACCACCGGAGCUGAUUGAACUGGCACCUUCCUGUCCAGGCUCACCGCUGUCGGUUACGAGCGGUCGGCGUCUCAGCAAGAAAACGUGCCAGGAGUGCAAGUGCCCGCGGGAAACACACGCUGUGUAUCAUGAACAGUUGACUACGGUGAGGGAACGGCUCGGCUUUAAGCAUGACACAAACACGUCUAGGGUGGAUCCGCGCCAGAUGGGCUACACUUGGGUACCGCCAGGCAUUCUAACAUCAGCCAAGAUACAGCGAUACUUUGAUGUGAUACCACCGGAGAAGGUGCCCAAAAUAGGCACACAAGGUGAAAGAUUCCGUGAUAAGCAGUUGGUGUAUCAGUUGCCAAAGCAGGACCUUGCUCUCGACUACUGCAAGCACGUGGAGGACCAGAAUCGUAGCUCGUACGAAGAUUUUGUUGCGGCCAGAAAUGAGAUUGCACUGGAUAUUGGCUAUGUGAAAGAUACGCCACAGGCAACAAAAUGUGCCGGUUGCAGCGAUGCGCUCAACCAGGGUGAAAUGGCUGUGACUGCACCGAAGUUCCGCGAGCAAACGCUUUGGCACCCGCGUUGUUUCAAGUGUACGACCUGUGAUGAGCUGCUGGUCGAUCUGACUUACUGUGUGCACGAUGACCAGAUCUACUGUGAGCGACAUUACGCGGAAAUGCUGAAGCCACGAUGCAGUGCCUGUGACGAGCUUAUUUUCAGUGGCGAGUACACCAAAGCUAUGUCGAAGGACUGGCAUUCAGGUCACUUCUGCUGCUGGCAGUGUGACGAAAGCCUAACCGGCCAACGGUACGUGCUGCGGGACGAGCAUCCGUACUGCAUCAAAUGCUACGAGAACGUGUUCGCCAACGUGUGUGAGGAAUGCAACAAGACCAUCGGCAUCGACUCGAAGGAUCUCUCGUACAAGGAUAAGCACUGGCACGAGGCCUGUUUCCUGUGCAACAAAUGUCGCAUCUCGCUGGUAGACAAACAGUUUGGCUCGAAGGCGGACAAGAUCUACUGUGGCAACUGUUACGAUGCCCAGUUUGCGUCUCGCUGCGAUGGUUGCGGUGAAAUCUUCCGUGCAGGCACGAAGAAGAUGGAGUACAAAACCAGACAGUGGCACGAGAAGUGCUUCUGCUGCUGCGUGUGCAAAACCGCCAUUGGCACAAAGUCGUUUAUUCCUCGCGAGCAGGAAAUCUACUGUGCCGGCUGCUACGAGGAGAAGUACGCCACCCGAUGCAUCAAAUGCAAGAAGAUCAUCACAAGCGGUGGUGUAACGUACAAGAACGAACCGUGGCAUCGUGAGUGUUUCACGUGUACGCACUGCCAGGUAUCGCUUGCUGGCCAGCGCUUCACAAGCCGCGACGAGAAGCCCUACUGUGCCGAAUGUUUCGGUGAACUGUUCGCGAAGAGAUGCACCUCCUGUACUAAGCCCAUCACUGGCAUUGGCGGUACGCGCUUCAUCUCGUUCGAGGAUCGUCACUGGCACAACGAUUGCUUCAUCUGUGCCAUGUGCAAAACGUCGCUGGUUGGGCGCGGUUUCAUCACCGACGAGCAGGAUGUCAUCUGUCCGGAGUGCGCUAAGCAGAAGCUGAUGUAAACGCGACGCCAUAGCUAACCCCCUGUACGGCGUAAUCAUCGUCAUCAUUAUUUUCAUCGCCACCAUCAGUGGAAGGUUCCCGGGAGGAUCACACGUUACACACGGAAAGAAACUCCGCCUAGUUGUUGGUAGCGCAAAAACAAAAGAAUGGACAUAACUUACGCAUACGUAGCAAUCAGCAGGAAGAAGCUUUCAUCCAUUUGUUCAUCACCAGCGCCAUUCACACGAGAUGAUGAUCAUCGAUCGUAUAAAUUAUUUAUCUGUACAGCGCACCCGCCCUGUUGGUUGCUGUUUUUAUGCUCUUCGUUUAUGUAUGCGCCUGUCCUUUUUUGUCUGUUGUAUUAAGUAUUCUGUCCUUACGUUGUCGUUUUUUUUUUACUCCCUCGUGUCCCUUUAUAUCUUUGGAUUUAUGUUUCCUGUUGCAAAUACAGCAAAUAAGUAUUCGAUAUUUUGUUAUACUAAUAGAGCCAUCAUGAUACGAACUUGCGCAAUGUGUGUUUAGUUGUUUUGCCUUUUCGUUUUUUGUUUUCCUCAUCUGUGUUUUCCCGAACCUGUGCGAUAUGUGUGCCCUCGAUCUGUCGUUUUGGGUGUACUUUGCCAUUAAGCAUAUUUACAAGCCUGCAGAGCGUAGUAAGAUAACGAUGUAGUUAGAAAGCAAAAAAACAAAAAGAAAAAUAUUGCGACAAGGAAACAAUUGAAUGGAAAGUACGUAAGAACGGGUGUGUUUGUGUGUGUGUAUGUGUGUAUAUGAGUUGGAUGUAUGUAGAGAAGAAAAACGAAAGAAAAGCAAGUUCAACAUGGGGAAGGUGAGGAGGAAUAGGGAAGAAACGCGAAAGGACAACUUGUGUCAGUAGUGUAGCGUAGCGAACGGCCUAUAUUCACUGAAGAUGCCUUUUUACUAUCAAAUAAUAAUCCCCCCAUACCUACACACAGCUGCGGGCAAAUGAAUGCGUGACUAUUGUUUGUGUUUUUUUGUUUAACGCAGCUAGAGCAAACGAAACUAUAUUAAUGUUUAGACCGCGUAAGGCAGAAAAAGCGUUGGGCACAGAACGAGAUCGCGCUCGCAUCGCGUUUAGUCAUUUUAUCGUGAAACAAGAAACUGUGUUUGCUUCCAAAAGCUAAUGUUACCGUUUUCCCGUCGACGUUACUCUGGAACGAAACCGCAUCCCUAGCGCUUUCUAGUGUGUUAUACCCUGUAUUGAGUUUACCUUUUAGCGAAAGUUAAGAAGUGGAAAAUAUUUCAACGAACAAUGGAUACACACGAAACAGGUAAAACAAAACCGUGUGUACGAGUCCUGGUGAGACAUUAAACAGGAAAAUAAAUAUGUAAAAAAAAAUUGAUAGCCAGUAUAAAGGACGUGACGAAGCAACGGAAAUGACGACACGUCGAAGAGCAGAAUUGAACAAAAAGGGGUAACAAAUUGGGACACAAAAUCACAAUGUACGCGGUGCAAUUAACCAACUUAUUAUACACUAUGUCGCCAUGUCCAUUUAAAGAGAGAUGAUUCAUAAUAUAUCUUUGUGUACAUUAGUGGGAAGGAAAGGACAGAGGCAGAAAGAGGAAAAGGGAAAAAGGGAAAUAUUUUCCAGCUCGUUGUUGCCGCCUGCCGCCGCGGCUGUGUGCCGUGAUCGUUUUUAAAUUAUUUAUUCGUUAACCACGGAAGAAGAAGAAAAAAAAAACAACACAAUGCGGUCCACAUGCAGUCAUCUAAGCGCGCAUCUUAGUAACAUCAUAUUCAUAUACAUAACAGUGCGGAAUCGAAAUAGAAAUCACACAUACGGUUUAAUCUAAUAAAUAAAUCUUUAAAUAAAAUCUUAAACGACAAAACAGACAAGCAAACAAACAAAAAAACGAAUAAAACAAUACAACCAAACAACAUUCAAUCUCCCUUUCUCUUUGUCUCUCUCUCUCUCUCUCGCUCUCUAUUGAUCCGUGAACAUGUGUAUAUGUACUCACGUAUCGCCCUGCCGAUGCUUAAGUCUGGUACCAGGUGCAGGUGAAACAAACUUAAUUUAUACAGCGACACCUUUAACAAUGUUAUCCUGCAGGCAAACUAACCAUUAGUGAACCAUUUAAAGAUAGAAAGAUUUAAAGCUCUAAGUAAGUGGUAAGGCUUUAAACAACAGAAUAUUACAACUAUGCACGUAUUUGUACACGGACACAGACACACAAAGAACCGUUACAAAUAGCUUUUUCUUAUAUUUAUUUCUUUUCUUUGCAAAUGGAAAGAAAAUGUUAAUUAAAAAAUACACUAUUUACAAUCUUCGAUACACCGUUGCAAUUUAAUUUAUUUAAUCUUUUAUUUAACUUGACCAGUGUGGCAAAGCUAGCAAGUGGUGUUGCGUAUAGUGAUUUAACACGAGAAACAAAAUACAACCAACCUCUGUGGCCUUUCUGUACAUUGAAACGACUAAAAAUAGUCCUAGUAAAUUAUGCUGUACAUUGCGAAAAUCUAAUCUGGCUAAAAGAGAUGUCCUGUUAUGCUUACAUAUUGACGAAGAUGCAUAUUGUGUAAUGUAAUAAAGCGGUAAAACUCCUUCUAGAA